AUGGACGCCUUCGACUUCCUCGAGACGCUGCCGCCGGCGACGCUGGAGCGGCUGUACCAGGACCCAUGGGCGUGCCAGGCCAUCUUCCAGGCGCUGCCGCCCCUCGCGCAGCAGUUCGUGAUGCGGCUGCUGCCCAGCAACGCCGCCGUGCCGCGCUCACUGCUGGAGCAGUGGGUCGUGCCCGAGCCGGGGGACGCCAACCGCAUGCCGCCGCAGUUCCACGCGGCGCUGCACAAGCUUGAAGGCCUCAAGGUGUUCGUGCAUCAGGACGGGGCGUAUCGACCGCACCCGACGUUCCAGAAGCAGCUCAUGGUGGAGAAAUGGUUAUUGACUUACGCUCUGAGUAAUUUGGGCGGGUCUCCGUGGGAGCGAGGGCGUCUGCAGCUCCCCAAGGACCCGGAGAACACGUUCGCUGCGGCGGAUUUGGAGCGAUAUGCGCGAGCUCGGUGGGACUCGGUGCUUCACUACAUGGUGGGCUCGACGGCUGUGCAGGAACCGCCGCAGUCGGUGGUGGAUAUUCUGCUACGUACAAGGCUGCUGCAGGCUAGUGGAGCUGAUUCAAGGGCGCUGCAUAUCACGGAUACGGGAUACGAGUUUAUGCUGAAGGACAUUCACGUGCAGAUGUGGAUCUUCAUGCUGGAGUACAUCCGUACGCUGGACAACACGGGGACGUUGAAGCAGGAGGAUAUUUUGCAGUUUCUGUUCCAGAUCAGCUACUGCCAGACAGGAGAAUACUAUGCCGUGGCAGAUCUGACGGAGACUCAGCGGCUACUACUUGGCGAUUUUAUCGACUUUGGACUGCUCUUCCGCAAGCGCCCGAACUCCGACAGGUUUUACACGACGAGCCUCGCAGUUAACCUCAUUUUUGGUGGAUCUACGGGCCAGAAGCGCAGCCACGUGAGUCUCACGAGCUCGUUCGCUGGCGUUCGCGCUGGCUUGAAGUCACAAGUAGCAGACCCACGCCAGGCCCCGACGGCUGAUCACAGUGCCCAGUUGCUUGUGGUGGUGGAAACGAACUUCAAGAUAUACGCCUACACGACGUCGACGCUUCACGUGGCCAUGCUCAGUGUGUUCGUCGACAUUGUUGCACGGUUGCCCAAUCUGGCAAUCGGCUUCAUUACUCGCGAGAGUCUUCGGUCGGCACUCAUCCACGGUAUCUCGGCGCAGCAAAUCUACGACUUCCUGAUGAAGCACGCCCACCCGAAGAUGCGCCGCAACUCGCCAGUCAUCCCCGAGAACAUCGCAGACCAGAUCUACUUGUGGGAGCGCGAGCGCAAUCGCGUGCAGUUCAUGGAGGGAAUCCUCUUCGAUGGGUUCAACACCAAGGAAGAUUACGAGAGCGUGCGCGACUACGCCAAGGACCUUAAGGUGCUCACGUGGUCGGACCCCAUUCACUUCCGACUGUCGAUCACAACUGCUGGUAUCGACGAUGUGCGCCACUACAUUCAAAGCCAGCUUUCGUCUCGAGCGUAG